UGAAGCCCUGGUGCUCAGCAGCACAGCUCAGCUGAUGCACGGCGUGGAGCUCUCCAAGGACCAGACUGGAGUCACUGCUAUGUUCCCGUCCUCCAACAUGACUCGCUUUUUUGAUGGCAACAGCGCACAUGUGACAGGACUUCCUGAAGCUGUAGAGGGUUUGUGUGGCAGCCCCUCCAACUCCAGCUGGACCACCACCCCGACUGCAGAGAAGUCCUCUUUCAGCCUCCCUGGCUGUGAGAUUCAAUGCCAGGACUCAGUCGACAGCACCAUCAACUGCAACCGCUCCACCGACCACUGUAAUCUCAUGAGGCAGCCUCCCUUCUCCGCCUGUCACGAGCACACCGACCCAGAGCCGUACAUCAGCGCCUGCACACACACUCUGUGCAGAUACCCGUCAGUGGAUGGGGUCGACUGCCACUUUUUGGAGGCUUACGCCAAGGCCUGCAGCCUGGAAGCCAACGUGACCCUGUAGGACUGGAGGACAACUACUGGCUGCUGUAGGACCCUCUUUCACUUUUAUAUUGACAGUCGUUGUGGUUUAAUACACAACUGGAAGUCCCUGUGUUUGUAUAGUAGCCUGAGUAUGGUCAAAUAUACAGGAUAUAUGUAAUAUGGAUAGUGUGCAGUGUUUGAUUACACUUAAUUCUAGGUUUAUUACUUCAUUCCUAGUAAUAGUUUAUAUAAUCAUUGUUAUUAGUGAUAUUAUUAUAACUAUUUAAAACUGUGUAUGAAAGAAAAAAGGGAAAUUAAAGUAAAAAUAAUAAAAGCAUAGACUUUGUAAAAUUAAUAAUUUUCAUUUCAUUUUAAAUAUUUUAAACUAGUCUAACUGUCAUAGUUGGCUCCUCAUGUUGGAUGUUUUAUUACGGUAAAUAAUGUGUGUGAUAUCUCCUGUAUAGAUAGAUGUUAUUAUUAGGGCUGUCAGUCGAUUAAAAUAUUUAAU